UUAAGGUUCUACUUUUAAGGUGGAACGGUAAUUCGAAUAAGAAGCUGGCGAAUAAGCAGCUAACGUCAGUCCCGUUUAACAGUGAAAGAUGAGGAAAACUAAAGGGAAAGCGAGUUCUACUGAGAAAGACUUUGUGUUCGAGUUCAAGGCAGGGAGAAAUCACUGCACCCUCAAAGUUCCUCUACAGUUUCCUGUUCAAGAGAAUGUCAACGAUCUCCACGGGAGACUCAUGUUGCUCCAUAAAAUCCCUUGCUUUGUAGAAAAGGACUUAAAGAACAAACUUCUGGUGUUCAUUGAGACAGAAACGUUAGAAGAUUACGACCGCGAAGCUGAAGCAGCUUUACAGAAGAUCACGAAUGGAGAAGUUGAUAUUAAUAAACUGAGCAACAUGUGGGCCAAGGCCUACUCUGAGACGACGCUGGAACACGCCUGGCCCGAGGAGCCCAGCUGGGACGAGGACUUCGCAGACGUGUAUCACGAGCUGAUCCACUCUCCGGCUUCCGAAACGCUGCUCAACCUGGAGCACAACUACUACGUCAGCGUGUCCGAGCUCAUCAGCGAGAGAGACAUGGAGCUCAAGAAGCUCCAGGAGAGGCAAGCAGCAGAAAUGGACAAAGUCAUGCAGGAGCUGGGAAAGACGUUAAGCGAUCAGGACGUUAAUACAGUGGCAGCGCAGCACUUUGAUGCUCAGCAGGUGCUGGAGAACAAGUGGUCCAGUGAGCUGAAGCAGGUAACUGGAAUACAAAAGCAAGAGUACCAAGAGUGGGUGGUUAAACUACACCAGGACCUUCGCAACCCUAACAACAGCACCAUCACGGAGGAGAUUAAGGUACAGCCUGGGCAGCUGACCGAGGUCAGCGAGUUGGGGGCCAGAGGGUUCGAGGAGCAUCGACAGCUGGAGGAGAGCUUCACCAUUCAUUUAGGGGCUCAGCUGAAGACGAUGCACAACCUGCGGCUGGUGCGGGCCAACGUGUUGGACUUCUGCAAGCACAGACGCCACGGCAGCGGAGGCAGCGCUAAGCUACGGCGGCUUCAGAUGGCUUUCUCUCUGUACUCGUCCUCUCUCUGUGGCCUCGUCCUGCUCGUCGAUAACAGAGUGAACUCCUACAGCGGCAUAAAGAGAGAUUUUGCCACCGUGUCUCAGGAGUGCACAGAUUUCCAUUUCCCCCGACUUUCUGAGCAGCUGGAGGUGGUCCAGCAGGUGGUGCUGUACGCACGGGCGCAGCGCAGCAGCAAACAGAGAGAACAGCCGGAGAUUCCAAGAAACGGGAGCAACGAUGAAAAAAACAAGAACAUCGAGAGAAACCCUGCGAACAUCCUUCCCGGUGAAUUCUACAUCACUCGUCAUUCCAACUUGUCUGAGGUUCACAUAAUGUUUCAUCUAUGCGUGGACGAUAACGUGCGCUCGGCAAACCUCACGGCUCGAGACCCGGCCAUCAUGGGCCUGCGAAACAUCCUCAAAGUGUGCUGCACGCACGACAUCACCACCAUCACCGUCCCGCUGCUGCUGGUGCACGACAUGUCUGAGGAGAUGACCAUUCCCUGGUGUCUGAAGCGAGCUGAGCUGGUGUUUAAAUGCGUAAAAGGUUUCAUGAUGGAAAUGGCAUCAUGGGAUGGCGGCAUCUCCCGGACCGUUCAGUUCCUCGUCCCUCAGAGUAUCUCGGAGGAAAUGUUCUACCAGCUGAGCAACAUGCUGCCUCAGAUCUUCCGAGUCUCCUCCACUCUCACGCUCACAUCCAAACGCUGACCAAGUCUAACAUACUGUAGGCAUAGCACCAAAAACGAACAAGGACGCUUUGCAUCCGCACUUUUACCCACGAAUGACAACGGAAGAGAUUUCUUUAUGCGAUCAUACAUGGCAGACUGAUCGUAUGUGGCAGGCUUUUUUUUGUUGUUGUUUGUUUUUUGCUUAUCCGUCUUGUUCCAGCAUAUUUUUCAUGAUAAUUGUAUUAAAAAAAAUCCAGAUGUUUGUGUGUUUUAAGUAGUUCAGGAAUUCCACAGCUGUGAUUAUUGUGGACUUUCUCUCAGCUGUGUCUACUCUAAACAGUUGGCAUGUGCUAGCAAACUCAGUGAUGACCUCCGGAUGCACCGGUGACGUAUCCAAGUAUUUAGACAUGGGGUGGACACCGGAACAGAGGGGUUCAGGUUCAUGAAGUUUUUUACCGAGACCAAAAAAAUGGAGUUUGUUCCUGAUUUGUUGUGUCUAUGUUUUUGUCAUGAACCACUUUUCUUUUAUUCAAAAUUAAUUUGUUUUGUUUUGUUUUUUGUUUAAUUAAAAUUCUGAAAACUGAAAA